AUGGUCUACGUUAAAAUCUCAAUCAGCGUUAGCCGGGACAUCGAAUGCGAUUGCACAACCAGAUACAACGGACUCAGUCACGAAGCUGUCUUCCAACGCCGCUUCAACCCCGAAACCAACGACUUAUACGUCGAUAAUCCCGCCGACAUUCUCGGUGCACUCGGCUGCUGCGGUGCCCUCAAACUUAAAUCUCGCAAUGCAGAAGGCGAAAUGACUAUUGACGAAGGAUCACACGUAGUUGCCAUCGACAGCGCAUGCAGUGCCAACGGAAAAGAGCCUGUUCGAGCUGCGUAUGGUGUUUAUGUGGGUGACAAGACACCUAAUUGUGUUUCUAAGCUUCUCGACGAAGAUCUCCCACAGACGACUCUAGUCGCCGAACUAGUCGCCGUGCGUGUGGUUUUGAGAAUGGCUGAGCAAGUUCUCGAUGCGUAUAUUGCGCGGGGUGCAAAUGAUGAGAAUGAUAUGGAUGCACCGAGAAUCUCUAAGAUUCUCAUUCUUGCUAAUUCGGCAUAUGUCGUCGAUGGAUUCACGGAUUGGAUUUUCAAGUGGAAGGGAAAUGGAUUCAAGACUUCGACUGGGAAGCCGGUGGUUAAUGCGGAGAUUUUCAGAGAAUUGGAGGCUUUGAUUGAGAAGUUUCAUCAGUUUCAUAUUCCGGUGUGGUUUUGGCUGGUGAAGAAGGAGUUCAAUACGUCGGCGGAUGCGUUGGCUAGAACGCCAAUUUAUGGUGAGCAGAAGGUUCCGGCAUUGGUCCCGUUUGUUAGGGAUUUUAAGAAGUUUCCGAAGAGGUGUUGA